AUUAAUAAUAAUAAGUAGGUGCCUGUUGAUAUUCGCCGAGUUUUCGAGUUCAAAUCCUGAAAUUAUUUUCGACCACACGUUUUGGUUAAAGGUAUACUGUUUUAAUAAUCAGCCCUUUACAGAUAGUAGGUAAGUCAAUAAUUAUAAUUAAACCGGUUUUUUGUUACACAAUGUUUAUGCAUAUUUUGCACCAGAUCUCAGUAAAUGUUUUAUUUUCAAUAAUUGUUUGGUUUAUGUAGAAAUGACUUCUACGAUUGUAAUGCGCCAGUUUCCGAAACAAUUAUUGUUAUCUGAACAAAAAGAAGAAUUUCUACGGUGUAUUGGUGCCAAAUACCCAAAAAUUCCAUUGUCCCAAACGAAUAAGAAAUGUUCUGCGUAUUAUGCCAGGUAUUGAUUUAAAAAAUGUAUAUAAUAUACAACCUAUAUUUUUGAAACACUAGGUACUGAUAUACGUAAUAAUUUUUUUUCAGAUUUGAAUCUCAAGAAUUUGCCGCAGCUGCCGUCAUUCUAAGGGUACAUCAAAAAGAACUAUUGGAUCAUAUGUUGACCCUCGAGUUGUCUCUAAAUGAUCUUUAUGUAAAUUUAAUGAACCACACACAAUCAUUAUAUGAGGCAUAUUCAAAUAAGUUAAAUUGUUGGACUAAGACCCUCGAUUUGAUCCAUUCUCCGCCAUAUCGUCUACAUUACAGUUAUUCUGAACCAAAUCUCGAUACAAUAUAUCACAUUGCAAAUUCAUUAGUCUGUAACCAAAAAUUCUAUCAACAAGUACUGCACUAGAAUAAUCAUAUGAAUCUUCCAGUGCCUUUUGAAUCAGCUAAGUUGUACCCAGUACAAAUUUUGAAGUACAUUUUGAAACUCCAUUGUGUAUACCAUACAAACAUGUUUAUAAAACUAAUGAUGGGUAAUUAUUCAAAAUACAUCCACAAACGAAUGCGAAUUUUAAUGCGUAAUAUAAUGCAUUUUGUAGGUUUGAUGUUCAAUUGAUGAAAGAACGACGCAUGAAGGUCAAACAUUUGUAAUAUUACUGUGUGUAGAAAAUGCCCACUAGGCAUUGGAAAAAACUCACGAGUUUAUUUUAAAUGAUAAACCAAUGAACAUACAGUUUGCAAGAUCGGCCACAGCUAAAUAAGUAUUAACGUAAUAACAUUUAAAUAUUCAAUAUUUAUUAUUAUAAAAACGUUAUAUUUUUCUACAACAAAGCUAAGCACUAACUAGUUUAUGCAAAAUGUCUAUGUGCCAAAAAUUGUUAUUUUGAGAUUCAUAUUGUAUAUAAUAUAAUAUAAAGAUCUCUGCCAUGUACAAUAUGGAUACCAAAAUGGCAAUUUUUAGACUUGACGCAUUUUGUGUGAACGAAAACGAUAUGUUUGCAAUUUGUAGUUUAACAUGUAUUUUAAUUUGUAAAUAAACAAGCUGUUUGGUUAUCAAUUAAAAAAAAAAAAAAGUUUAAUCUAACUUAGCAUUUUUUUCUUGUUCAAGUUAUUAUUAUUAUUAAACAACUAGUAACUUAAUUAACUACCUUAGACAUCCUGUAAAUUUAAAUAAAUAACUUCUUAUCUUUUUCAUUGAUUUAUACUUAACUUUAAUUAGUGAGACAUUCCGAGUAACUUUUCAGCUUUGUUCUACAGCAUAUUUUAUUAUUUAAUAUUUAAAAUAUGGGUCUGUUUGUUAAUUUAGUAAUGUUUACAUCGAGGUAAGAAAAAUAUUCAGUUCUCAUUAUGCAAUCUCAGAAUUCUCCAUAAAUUUGGUUCCUCAUAUUUAUUAUGUGUUUCUAGAUGCUGGUACCUUUUAAACAUAUUCAAUUUAAUUGAAUUGAAUAAUUUGAAGAAGUAUUGUGCAAAUUGUUUAAGGCAUUUUGAAUAAAUCUUUGUUACUUCAAACAUGUACUCUUUGGUUGCUAAUGUUUACUGCCUGUCCAUCAACAAGAGUACGGUAUAUUUUUUAUAAGGAUUUUUUUUCAACGCACUGCAAUUCAGAGCAUAUUGAUGUAAGUUUUGACUAUAAGUAAAUGAGUAGGUAUAAUGUAGUUAAAAUUUUGUAACAAUCAAAACCCAAGUAUGCAUGUAAUCAGUAGGUAUUUUAUUUAUUUUCAAUUAAAGAACUACAAAAAGCUGUAAAUAAUUCAAUAAAUGCUAAAAUGUUUUGAAAAUAAUAUAAGUAUUCUGUAAAAACAAC